AGCGAAGCAAAAUGAGGGCUACUUUGUCUUUGACUCUGCUGCUUAGCUUCAUUGCAGGGAUUCUUUCGCAAGAAGGAUUGGAUUCCCAGAUAUCCGUGGCCUUAGUGGAGGGUUGCAUUAAGGAAAACGGAGUCACUGAGCAAGAACUGGCUGACUUGAAAUCGGGCAAGGUGAAGCCCAUGGAUGCCAAGGAUAACAUCAAAUGUUCCACCCAAUGCAUUAUGGCGAAGAGCGGUUUCAUGGACUCCAAGGGAAAUCUCAUGACCGACAAGAUAAAGGCUCACUAUGCCAACACGAACUUGAAGGACGACCUCGAAAAGGCUUUGGAAAAGUGCAGCAAAGUCACUGGUGACAAUGCCUGCGACAAGGCCUACAAAAUAAUGGCCUGUUUUGCAGGCCACUAAAAGCCUAAAACGAUAAAAAAAAAAUUGGUAUUGAAAUCGAGGAAAACUCUACCAAGAGCAACAAAAACAGACAGCAACUAAAGAGCAGAACCAUUUUUAUCAGAAAUGUAAAAAUUACAUUUUAUAAAUAAUAUAAAAGUAGCAAGUA